AUGUUUUCCAAGUUUAAGAUAGAGAAGGCGCCAAGCGCCCUCUACAGACGCGAACCGAGCCAUUUUGAGGUAGAGCAGUCUGCCAUCUCUUUGCCACUCCUUGAGGCGUACGACCAGCGUAAUUACCAUCUGCGCGCUGAGAAUGAGCAGCUACGAGCUGAAAAAGUGGAACAUGUUAAGAUCAUUAAUGGCCAGGCGACGGAAUUGGCAGAGAGAAGAGCUGAAGUUUUCCAGCUUCGCCAGGAACUUCAGCUUCUAAGACACGAAGUUUCCCAAAAAAAGAACACCGUCAAAUUUAACGUCAGCCGCAAAAGCUAUUGGGACGGCUACGCUCACGAGGUCGUACAAAGGAUGUUGGCAGCGAAGGAUGAAGGACUUGUAAGUGACAAAGCAUACCACGAACUGAGGAUGGCGCUCCUUGAGAAAGUUCGAAGUCACGUCCCGCCACUGUCCGCUAUCAAACAGGAAAGGAGUUCCCAAAAUAAGGAAAUCAAAGUAAUUCAAAUCCCGGAGGCCAAACAAGCUGAUGGUGCCCGGAGGAGUGUUCGUGAUGUUUUACAGUAUUUAAUUGCAAUACCAGAAGUUAAGGAUGCCAUAAAAAAAGAUGGAUCAAAAAUUAAACUUAGAUUUUCAGCUGAUGGGAGGAGGACAAGUAAAAGGAUUGGCACAGUAAUGGCUGUUUUCAACAUUCUGUGUGAGAAUAAGGCGACAUACGAAUACCAGUAUACUCUGGCAUUAUAUUGUUGCUCUGACUGGAAGUUUUUGGCCCUUGUUUAUGGACUAAAUGGAGCUAGCUCUAAAUACUUUUGUAUUUGGUGUUAUUGCUGCAAGGGCCAAAUUAACAACCUUGAUAUUGAUAAAUGGCCAAUUGAGAGAAAGCUAUCAGAGUGCACUUGGUUGUGCCAGCGUUCCACCACGGCUGCAAGGAAAGGCUACACAAUGCCUCCACUUCUUAACAUCCCUUUUGAGUUUGUUGUGGUGGAUACCUUACAUUUAUUUUUAAGAAUAAUGGGGCUACUAUUCCAUCAGGUUGUUGAGGUUGUUGUCAACAAUGAUUGCCCAGACAUUCUGUCAAAAGAAAUGGAGAGAAUUCAGGUGGAAUUCAAGUUUUAUGAUGAGUACAACAGACUGGCAGAAAAAACAGAAACAAAGUGGACAAGUCUAAAUGGGAAAGAAUUGCAAAAGGUUUUGGAGAAACUCGAUAUUAAGAACGUUAUGGAAGCUGUUGGCACCGAAGAUGCAGAGGGCAUAGACAAUCUGUGGAAAGGUUUUCAGACUUUUAUGCGGGCGCUACAGGUUCAAGAAAAUGAUCCAGACUACCUUGAGCCUCAGCGCUUUAAAACAUAUGUGCGGGAGUGGGGAAAGCUCUUUCUUGAAAUGUACUAUUAUGAUGACAUCACCCCCUACAUUCACACAUUUGUAUAUCAUGUACCACAGUUUUUGGAGAUGCAUGGUACUUUGAUGCAGUUUAAUUGCCAGCCUGUGGAAAAAAAGAACCACUGGCAAUCCCAGGCAUUCCAUCGUGGAUCACAGAAAUCUGUAAGAACCUUUAGACUGUGGCAAACAAUCCAACUUUUUUCGUCGACCGUGGCACUGUUUACAAAUGCAAGUAGAAAUUGCGUGAAUUUCGUAAGCGCGAUGCUUAUCGAACAUCGUCCUUUUCCUACUCUAUACCAAAAAUCGUGUAUAAUCUUUACUGAUAUCCUUACAGCAAACUAUAUACUUGAAAUCGGACGCUGAAUCGCAAAUUUACCCGAAAAAUGGAAAACGAAUUCACUUCAGUGUUGUUGUUUAUCUCGAUAACCCUUACGCUAACACGUGCCACUUCGCAAAAAUGGCAUUAUUUUGCAAAAAUUAGAAUGAAGUCACUGAACACGAAAAGUGUCAGGUUUGCGUAAACGUUCCGUCGCCUCCGUUUCACCUUGGGGGUUGGGGGAGGGUACGGCUACACGUAGGCUACUGAUCAAACUUCUUCUGGACACAUCCAAGAGACUGGAUGAAGAGUCAUAAAUACUUCCUUGGACUCCGUCUGAAAAGCCGAAUUUUCAAUUUUUUAUGGGUAAGCUGUAUGUUGCUUUACCCACGAUGUCCAGAACUUUGUGGGUUUAAUUAAUUAAUUAGUUUAUUUUAAUUCUGCCAAUAUUUAAACAGGCUGGCCCAG